CUCCACAAGUUCUAGUCCUCUAGUAAGCCCAGGCAAACCACUCAAUCUGAGAUCUGAAGUAAGCUCCAAAAAGAAAACCGAAACCAGCACGAUAAGAAAUAAACUCCGGCAGAGAUCACCGCAAAAGGUUUGGUGUGUUUUGGACUAAGAAUCUUUGAAGCCCUAGAUGUCAAUUUUGAGUAAGAAACAUGGUCAUACAUAUUCAGGGAGGGCUCAUACAUAUAAUGAUAAAAAGUGGAUAAUUCCGUUUUUGGUGAGUUUGGCUGUAUGGAUUACUUUAAUUUCAUCAUCAUACAACAACAUGAAUCAAAAAGAUUAUUUGAGUCUCGAUAAAAAUGCGAAAUCUUUUUCUGAUAGUGAGAUAAUAGCGAAUAUUCCCAAAAAAGAAAAAGCAGCAGCCCCUAGAUUCGCUUACCUCAUUUCGGGCACUAAGGGUGAUAGCAAAAGAAUGAUGAGAACUUUACAAGCUGUUUAUCAUCCAAGAAAUCACUACAUUUUGCAUAUGGAUCUUGAAGCUCCACCUCGAGAACGGUUGGAGUUAACCAUGGCUGUCAAGAAUGAUGUCACAUUUUCUGCGGUUGAGAAUGUUCGGGUGAUGGCUCAGUCGAAUUUGGUCACGUAUAAGGGUCCUACUAUGAUUGCGACCACCUUACAAGCAAUUGCGAUUUUAUUCAAGGACAGUUUGGAUUGGGAUUGGUUUAUAAAUCUUAGUGCUUCUGAUUAUCCUCUUGUCACACAAGAUGAUUUGCUUCAUGUUUUUUCUAAUAUGUCGAGAACUCUCAACUUCAUUGAGCACACAAAGCUUACAGGAUGGAAAUUGAACCAAAGGGCAAAGCCCAUUAUUGUGGAUCCAGGUCUUUAUUUAUCCAAAAAAUCGGACCUUGCAAUCACAUCACAACGUAGAUCUCUUCCCACAUCCUUUAACUUGUUCACUGGGUCGGCAUGGGUAAUGGUGACACGUGCUUUCAUGGAAUACUGUAUAUGGGGAUUGGAUAAUUUUCCAAGAACCGUUUUAAUGUACUACACCAACUUUGUCUCGUCCCCGGAAGGCUACUUUCACACAGUAAUUUGCAAUACAGAAGAGUUCACUAAAACCGUAAUAAGCCACGAUCUUCAUUAUAUCGCAUGGGAUUAUCCUCCAAAACAGCAUCCACGUUACUUGACCAUUAAAGAUUUUGACAAAAUGGUCAACAGUAGUGCACCGUUUGCAAGGAAGUUUCCAAAGGAUGACAUAGUUUUAGACAAGAUUGAUAAAGAACUUUUAGGCCGUACACAUCGCUUCGGUCAAGGCGCUUGGUGUGCUGGUGGUCUGGACCAUGGAUCAGACCCUUGUUUGGUUCGUGGUGAUGAUUCUGUUUUCAGACCGGGUCCUGGUGCAACAAGGUUAACUCGACUGUUUCACCAGCUUUUGUCUGAAGAUUUUAAAAACAAAAGUUGUCCUACCUGAAGUCUUGCUUUUGGUGGUCGCAAGAACAAAAAGGAUUGACAGGAGGUCUUUUGAGGCGCGGGAGCUGGAGCGUGAACCUGAGUUCUUGAAAAAUGGUGACUCUGGGAUGGUGAAGAUGGUUCCAAUAAAGCCGAUAGUGGUCGAGACUUUCUCUGGGGAGUUUCCUCCAUUGGGUUGGUUUGCUCUGAGGGACAACAGGUAGAUAGUUGCUAUGGGGAUGAUCCAGAGCGUGGUAAAAAGGGAUCCAACUGAUACUUUAAAAUUUGAGUCUCUUUCAAUCAGUUCCAUUUUAUACUUUGGAAGACUAGUGGUUAAAAAGGGAUCCAACUGAUACUUUAAAGAUUUGAGUCUCUUUCAAUCAGUUCCAUUUGAUACUUUGGAAGACAAGUGGUUAAAAAGGGAUCCAGCAGCAUUUUUGUAAGUAUGACAUGAAUUUCAAGGCUAUCUUUGCUUAAAGUCUUUUUUUCUUACUUGGUUAUAAUGAAAAGUUGAAGCACUUGU